AUUGCACUUUGCAUUUGCAAGGUUUAUUUAUUAUUUUUACAUUUUGCUUGCUUCAAGCAGUGCCGCUCAUGUUCCUGAUUUGUUCCUCAUAUUUUCUCAGACCUCUAACGAGUAUUUGUAACAGGAGAGAAUGAUAAUAUACGAUAAAAAUAAAUAUCAUGCAAGUGCCCUGUCAGUGAAUUCAACAUUUUACAGUAAGAGUGAAUUUUCAAGUAUCAUUGUAUUUUUUUUGCAUAUCAGGUUAGCAGAGUUUGGUAUCAAAUAGAUGCAUACUUGCAUACCUAACAAUCAACGUCACAUAUAGGGAACAAAGUACGAGGUUACCAGAAUUUCUGUAUGCGAAUGGAUAAUUUUAAAGGAGGCACGAUCGCUACCAAUUGUCAUAUGGAAGGUGCCUUUAGAACCUGGGUCACGUAACUUUGUAAUUUUUAUUUUAAACUACCGAAUUCGCAAUGCCACUACGAGGAAUUAAGGUUCUGGAAUUGGCUGGUCUGGCGCCAGCUCCAUUCUGCGGAAUGGUUCUCUCUGAUUUUGGAGCAUCCGUUGUCAGAGUUGAUAAACCAAAUGCUGGGCCGUAUACAAUGGAUUGCUUAGCCCAUGGCAAAAGGAGCAUUAUCAUAAACUUGAAGACUAAAGAAGGCUGUAAUGUAUUGAGGAAAUUAAGCGAUCAGAGUGACGUGGUGAUAGAACCAUUUAGGAAAGGCGUCAUGGAAAGUUUAAGUUUGGGUCCCAACGAUCUGAUGGCAGCAAACAGAAGAUUGAUAUAUGCCAGGUUAACUGGAUUUGGUCAAAGCGGCCCCUACGCUAAUAUGGCUGGUCAUGAUAUCAAUUUUCUAAGUGUUUCUGGUCUUUUAUCAAUGUUUGGUCGUUAUAAUCAGAAGCCGACACCCCCUGUGAAUUUUGCAGCAGACUUUGGUGGUGGUGGGUUAACCUGUGCUUUGGGAAUCGUACUAGCUCUCUUCGAGCGCAAUAAGAGUAAUUUGGGACAAGUAAUAGAUGCAUCCAUGGUUGAAGGGACUGCAUAUUUGGGCAGUUGGCUUUUCAGAUCAAAACAAAUUCAAGGACUUUGGGGACAACCACGUGGUAAAAAUCUUUUGGAUUCUGGUGCGCAUUUCUAUGACACAUAUGAGACUAAAGACCAUAAAUUCAUGGCUGUUGGUGCAAUUGAGCCGCAGUUUUAUGCCAUACUCCUGGAGAAACUUAAUAUUACCGAAGAUGACUUGUCGCAAUACGGUGACUUUGAAUCUAACCAGAACAAAUUGUCAGAGAUAUUUAAAACCAAAACUCAGAAAGAAUGGACCGAUAUAUUUGACAGAUCCGAUGCCUGCGUUACUCCUGUUCUAACACCAGAGGAUGUGGCUAAUAAUAAGCACAAUAAAUUUAGGCAAAGUUUUGCAGAAAAUCUAGAUACAGUUGUACCGAAUCCUGCACCGAAGUUGUCACGGACACCUGGGGUUUCAGGUGCAACCCGUAGUUCUAAUCCAACUCCUGGUGAACACACUACCGAAGUCCUGACUGAAUAUGGCUUUAAUUCAGAAGAAAUACAUAGUCUAAUUUCAAACAGUGCUGUCAAACAGGCUCGGAAAGCAGCAAAACUGUGAAAAAAAUCUAUUUAAUAGACCAAGGGAUACCGUGCAUCACAGUACUACACGAUAGGCAAGAAAUAUAUUUUUAAGCACUAUUUUACGAUAAACUUUUGAUGUCAUCUUGCAUUUAAAUACAUAAAUGAUGAGAAACUGUGAGAAAUAAAUGUGAAGGGCUCUGACCCUGAGGGAAAAUGUUAUUUAA